UCAACACAAGGGAGAGCUUAGGACAGCCUGGGCAGCACUGGAACAGGCUGUACAAAGCUUCCAGAAAGUGUAACUGCCUACAUCUUUAAAAAGAAAUAAUCUGUGAAGGAAGACUUGACACCUGAAAAAGAGACCUGUCAUUUCCUCCAUCCUUUAUAGUAAUGCUACAGGACGAAGAGGAAUGGAUAAAAACAUUGGUGAGCAACUCAAUAAAGCAUAUGAAGCCUUUCGACAGGCAUGCAUGGAUAGAGAUAUCGCAGUAAAAGAAUUACAGCAGAAGCAGACUGAGAACUAUGAGCAGAGAAUACGUGAGCAACAGGAACAGCUGUCUCUUCAACAAACUAUUAUUGACAAGCUAAAAUCACAGUUACUUCUUGUGAAUUCCAGUCGAGAUAGCAGUUACGGCUGUGUUCCUCAGCUUGACGAUGGUGAAACCAGGGAAAAUAAUCUGACUCUUGACCAGCCACAUGAAUCAGGACUACCAAAAGAAAGGCAAUCAAAGGAUCUCAUUAAGUCACUGAAUUGCUCAGGUUGGACUCAAACUUGUGAUCCUCUCGCCUCAGCCUACCGGAGUGCUGGGACAGCAUGUGUGAACCACCACACCCGGGUCAGAAGACAAGAUGUUUCUUCCCCUAGAAAAGAAACUUCAUCAAGGAGUCCUGCCAUUCCUUUAACCCAUGAAAGGGAUAAUUUAGAGAAGACUUUCUGGGCUCUGAAAGAAGAAUUUCAUAGAAUAUGUAUGCUAGCAAAAGCACAAAAGGACUACUUAAGCAAACUUAAUAUACCAGACAUUACAAUUGAAACACAGUGCUCUGUGCCUAUACAGUGUACAGAUAAAACAGAUAAACAAGAAGCGCUGUUUAAGCCUCAGGCUAAAGAUGAUAUAAAUAGAGGUGCAUCAUGUAUUACAUCUGUCACACCAAGAGGACUGGGUCGAGAUGAGGAAGACACCUCUUUUGAAUCCCUUUCUAAAUUCAAUGUCAAGUUUCCACCUAUGGACAGUGACUCUACUUUCUUACAUAGCACCGCGGAGAGACCCAACAUUCUUGGCCUUGCUGCAUCUGAGGCAGUGUGCCCGGACAAAUUUAAUGUGGAGCUCAGAGAUAACCGAGGAAACAUUGUUAAAACAGAAGAAACUUUAUUUGAAAUUCAGGGACUUGAUCCCAUAGCUUCAGCUAUACAGAACCUUAAAACAACUGACAAAUCAAAACCCUCAGAUCUUUUAAACAGUUGCAUCAGGACAACUCUGGAUAGAGCUUUAUGUUUGCCACCUGGAGACCAUAAUGCAUUAUAUGUAAAUACGUUCCCACUUCAGGACCCAUCUGAUGCACCUUUUCCUUCACUGGAUUCCCCAGGAAAAGCCAUCCGAGGACCACAGCAGUUAGUCUGUGCAUUCAUGUUUCAGUAGAUGGCACCCUGCAUUGUGCAUUUGCUUUCUGUACUCCAGCAAGAGAAACAGCUGGUAUGUGAUUACAACUUGAUGGAAAAGUAUUCAGCUUAAAAAAUGCAGGAGAAUUGGUGUUGAGCUGUCACACGACAUGGGGCAUAAGGUUAGAUAAUUGAUAUCUUGGCAGAAAAAGCAAAGAAAUUAGUUUGAUGUGAAGGCCAUGUUACUUUACAAUUGAAAGAAUUUUUCAUAAAAUGUUUCUAGAAACAUUAUUUUAUUAGUGUUAAUAAAGGUCAUAUAGUAAAUACAAAAUUCUUGAGUUCAUAGUAACAGAGAAGUACAAUUUUGAUUGCAUAUUAAAAAUUAUAUUAUUCGUUACUACUAAGCACCUAUUUUAUACAUUCAAUUAUUAUAGCAAAAUGUGUCAGCUUAUUUUUGUUUUAUUUGAUUUUGUUUCUUACUUUUGCUGAAUCAGCUAUUAAGAUAUAACUAAAUUCCAUGAAGAAAUCAAAUGUGAAUUAAUUGCUUCUAAUGGAGAAGAACUUUGAAGAUAAGUUAGCAGUGGAAUUUUGGCUUACCAAAUAUGAAAGCUAAACUGUUUCAAAGUUAAAUUCUAUAGAUCUUAGCAAAAAUUUUGUUUAAUCUUUUUAUAACAUUAUUAAUUUUUUUUAAUUUGUACUGUUUUGCUUAAACUCCAGACAGUAGUAUUUGAACAUAGUUAACCCUCGGUUUUUGUUUAUAUACUCAGAAUUAUGACUUGACUUUUAUGGAAGAAAGUCUUUUCUAAAAAAGUUUAUUUUUCCCAAAAUUUCAUAACAUUUAUUUUAGAUAUUACCAUUUUCUAUGGCAAAAUGGCCACUUCUCAUGAAAAGAAUUGAAUCCAUGUUAUUUAAGUCCUAAAUACUGACUGUAUCUUGCUCCCUAGAUUUUAUAUAUUUAUUCCAGUUGCGCACACCUGUCCAGUAAAAUGUUUAUAGAAGACAAUAAUGUUGUGAAAGCCAAAUGCUCAAGUAGUGAUACACUGUUUCUGUAAGUGAUUGCUUAACUAGAAAGAAUGAAAAUUGUGAGGCUGUGUACUAGGCUGUGUUUCACUCUAAAACACAGCCGUGUAAGAACAUAAAGGAAUAUUUUUAAAUUGGCUUUAAAGUGAUUUUCCUCAAAGUAUCAAAAGUCAGGGUAACUUAUCUAUAUCAACGUAAGGAAGAAAAUUUUUUAAAUAACCUCGUUUAUUUAAUUCAGAAAAUAAAUUAUUUUCUAGUCAGUGUUACUUACCAAGUAUUGUCUAUUAAACUAAAUGUUAUAUCUUCUUCUAAAAGCUUUUUAAAAGAUAAAUACAGUUUUUCAUUUAUUUGCUGGUGGUUAUAAUGGAGGUGGUUCUAUUAAAUGAGGAUUUUCUGUAAUUCUUUAAUUGGGCAGCUAUUAGUAGGUUUCACUGUAUUCUGCACAAGAAAGAAUAUGAAGGCCAAACUAUAGAUUAAAUAAUAGGAGCAAAGGUAGAAGUCAGAAGUGUCUGAUACUAGCUUUUGUUGAAUUAAUUUAAAUAUGUAAGUUUUCAAAAACCAGCCCCUGACAAUCAAACUCAUCAGUGGACUCCAUUUAGUAGUUGAAAAAAUUUACUUUUUAAAAAAUCAAAAUGCUGAUUCAUAUAAGAUUUAUUUAUUAUAUGUUUGUUUAUAAGUAGUAGGGAGAUUUAAAUUACUUUUGGUUAAGGUACAUGCACACAUACAAGUCUAGUGCAUCAUGUUUUAAAAGAAGGCGCUGUGACUUAAAGUGUCUAUUAUAAAAUGAAAAAGGUAGAAUUUAGUAAAAAGUCUGAAGUUUUGAAUGUUGUUCCACAAUGACUCCCGCUGAGAUAACUGAGCACUAAAAAUUGCUGCAGCUAAAGCUACAAUAAUCUUAAAAUAUAUAAAGAUAAAACGCAGGGGGGUGUGUUUUUAGUGAUUAUUUUUUCUUUCUUCCCCUUUCCCCUUGUGAAACCUAGGGCCUUGUGCAUGCUAGGCAAGCACCCUACAUUGAUACGCAUCUCUCACACCAGUGACUUUUAAUCGAAGUUCAGUUGUAUCCUUUAUGGAAAAAAGAAUUGAGUCGUAUCCUCAUUCGAACUCUGUGGAAAAGUAACUUGGCAUCAUAUUAAGAAACUUCAUAUAUAAAUACACAUAACUCAUUCAAAUAUUUAAAUUUUAAAUUCAGUUUGAGUUGAUUUGAAACACAAGUAACAGAAGAUGUUGUUUGUUUGUUU